AUGGCCUCAUCCUUGAAAAGCACGAAAAUAAAGUUAGAAGAGGUGUGCCGAACAUGUUUGUCGAAAGAAAUUGAGUUGCAUUCAGUUUUUGAUGUUUGUAUAGGCACAAUCACAUUGGACUAUGUUGUUGCUGCCAUAACUGGCGUAAAGAUUGAACAAAAUGAUGGAUUGCCUACCACAAUAUGCCAUGAAUGUAAAGAUAAGGCUACAAAAGCAUACAACUUCAGGGAAAAGUCCCAGGAAUCUGACACUAAACUUAGAGGUUUAUUUAAGAAAGAAAAGAAGGAAUUUGUUAUUGCUGAAGUACCAUUGUUUCAGUCUCAUUCUGUGGGUGUUAAAACAGAACAAUUUGCAGCAGAUGACAAUGAUGAUUUUAUGGAUUCUGACUUUGGGCUAUCUAACGACUUGGACGACUGUAGUGAAACAGAGAGAGUUAAAAAGGAAAAGCAUGAAAGUGAAUCACAAGUACCUUAUAAAAGUACUUUCGUCAGUAUAGAUUCUCCUAAUAAAUUGGAAUCUAAGAAAAAGAAGUGUAUUAAAGUUGAAUUUGAAGAUUCUGUCAGUACGUACUGCCCGUUGUGUGGAACAAGUUAUGACGGUGCCGACAACUUGACGAAACAUAUGUGGGAAUAUCAUGCAGAGCUUAUGGGCCCGAAAAAGAGGGGGAGACCCAAGAAAAUGAUGACUAGUUCUAUAUUAACGAAGUUAUCAGAAAAUGGGCUUAAGUUGAAGUCAAUUUCAGUCAAAACUUUUGAAUGUCUUUUCUGCAAAGACCAUUUUAAUACCAAAGACGGAUUGUCAAAUCAUAUGAUGCAACAUAAAGAAUCCAAAGUGUUUUGUUGUAUCAUUUGUAAGAAAAUGUACUUAAAGAAAAAUAAUUUUGAUCAACAUUCCUGUAUGAACAAGGAGAAGAAUAAAGAUAUGAAUAUAUUAACAGAGAUUUUGCUCCACGAACUCUUGGACCCAAAUUGUGACAUGGAGAAUGCAUUGCAUGUAUGCAGUCUAUGUUGGGGUUUGUUUCUCUCUGAAGAAGACUUGGCUAGUCAUAAUGACAUUGAACAUCCAGAGAGGUCCCUUCGAUGCAAUACUUGCACAAAAGAAUUCACUUCAGCAAAAUCAGCCUCUCGCCAUCGAAGUAUCUGUCGCCAGGUCGACAGGAAACAUGUUUGUAACACUUGUGGUCUUAAAUUUGCCUACGAGAUAUCUCUUAACAAGCACAUUUUGCGACAUCACGAGGGCCAAAGCGUAUCUGUAUCUUUCAUAGACUCGAAGCCUAAGCCAAAACCUGCACCGGUGGCUGUGGAUGGUUCGGAGCAAUAUCAAUGCGACACUUGCCAACGUUGUUUCCCGAAGAAAGAAUCUCUAGCGAAACAUGCCAAAACACACAUGCCGAUUGAAAAAUGUUUCGAGUGCGACGUAUGCCACAGAAAAUUCUCGAGGAAGGAUAAUUUACGGUCACAUAAAAAAAUUCACGAACCAAACCGCGAGAAACCACCCAAUAACUGCCUUUGUUUGUACUGCGGUCGCGGCUUCUCCAAUUCCUCGAACCUUAUUGUUCAUAUGCGUCGGCACACGGGCGAAAAACCCUAUAAAUGUGAUUUUUGCGGCAAGGGAUUUCCGAGAUCUUCGGACCUUCAAUGCCAUCGGAGAUCACACACUGGCGAAAAACCUUGUGUUUGUCGUGUCUGUGGAAAAGGUUUCUCUCGCAGCAAUAAGCUGUCAAGGCACAUGAGGGUGCAUACUGGCCAAAAGCCUUACAAGUGCACGUACUGCGAGAAAGCAUUCUCGCAAAGCAAUGAUCUCACUUUACACAUUCGUCGGCAUACUGGUGACAAACCAUACAUCUGUGAAGUAUGCGGUGAUCGCUUUAUUCAGGGCACGGCUCUUCAAAAUCACAGGCGAGUUCACGGACACUUUCCGCCUCCUGCUGCAGAGCCGCCGACACAAGUGCAAUCAAUCACAUACACAGUACAGAACAUUACACAUUCUCAUUGAACUAUAAAAUCUAGUGGUAGAGUUCUAGAUACUGAAGGCAUCACCGUUUUUUAACUCGUCUUGAUACAACUACAUUAUCGUCUUAAUAAUUCUAAGUGUACUUAAAUACUUAGUGCUUAUAGGUAUUGUACCUGUAACAAUUACACUACCGAGACCUCUAGAAAUUAUUCAGCCACCUUGAAAAAGUGGAACGAUAUUUAUUUAACACCAUUUCAUCUACGCGCGAACACACUGUCCCACCCUAAAACUUUAAAUUCCUGUUCUAAAAACUCAAAAGUUACCUCAAAGUAAAAGUUAUGUAGUUUGGCUGUAAACUAACAGCCAAACAAAGCAACUUUUUGUAAGAAAUAAUCAGUCAGUGAUACGCAAUAUACUGUCAGUCAGAUCGGACUGUCUAUCAGCAAGCGGUGAUAGAUGCUCAGAAAAUUGUCAACUGGAAUAUAUUUAUUCUUUUAUAUUAAUUUACCAAAUGAAUUUAUGUAUAUUUAUUCUUUUAUAUUAAUUUACCAAAUGAAUUUAUGUUAAAACGAAUCAUGCAAUUAAUACUUUAGGAUAUAGAAUUGUCCAUGAUAUUGGACAGUGACUUCAGAAAUAUUGUUACUUGAACCUAGCCUGGAAAAAUCAAGUGAGUAGAAAUAUUGUUUCACUUUAGAUGUUUAGGUUCGACGCUUCUAAAUGUUUGUGACUAACAGACAGUGAAAAUUGAGCCAACAAUAUCUCAAAAAGCAAGUAUUUUUUUUUGGGCAAUUUUUAUAACAAUUGUUAGUAUGUCGUGCAUUACGAUAACCUUACCGAAUUUGAUUGCUUUAUUUGGUACAUUUCAAGAUAAAGUCCCAUAUACUAUUUCCAAAUAGGAUGUGAUGAGAGUUAGAUGGAGUACAGGCAAUAACACAAUAUUGUUAUGUACGAAAACUUUUAUGAAAUCACCUGAUCAAAAUUGUCGCUAUUCGAAGGGAAAUCUUAACACCGCGAUUUAGGAUUUAACAUAAAAACGAUCCAUACCAUCAAGCGUCUUUUGAGGAAUCUUCGAAUUUUCUCAUAGUUGCAUUAAAUUGGUUUCUUUCAUUCUUUUUUUUUCAUUAUGGUAUAUUCAUACAUGUUAUAAUACAUGUGCCAUUUUGUGGAUGGAACGAUAUCUAUAUCUAUAUACUAAUAAGUUAAUGAAAGAGACCGUUUUCUGAGAACGAUUAUUCAUAACGGCAAACAGCGGUAAGAUGUGUAUGAUAUAUCCUAAAUUGGGUUUUAAACGUCACUGGAGUUAAUUCCAUUAUGUCUAUAACGUUUGUCUGCUUAUAAAUGAUUUUGUAAUUAUGGACGUUAAAGUACGUAUAAUUAAUACAUUUUGUUACAAUUCUUUACUCUUUCAAAUAGACUUGACCACAUUAACUGCUUUCGAUUUUGUUUUCAUAAAAUAA